GAUUUCUGAGCACCUGCAGGUUUCUGUGUGUGAAAUAUUUUCACUGGAAGGGAUUCAAAACUUUUUUAAAAACCUUUUAACACAGAGGCAGCAUUACGCCAUUCUUCCUUCUUGGAAAAAAAAACCCUCUCCGAUUUAAACAAGAGUCCUUCAAGUUUUUAGUCACUUUUACAGAAGAAAGGGGGGUAGUAAACUUUCUCUUUUCAAGAACAGGCUGCUAGCAGAAACCAGGAGAAGACGGAACGGAGUAAAUGAGCAUCUCCACUAUGGGACUGGAUACAAAGAUUGGACAAGUAGAUUUAAAGUGUUUUAAGCUGAAAAUAAAGCUUUUCCUGCUGACUUUGGUUUUCAAUUUCUUUCAUGUUUUCUUAUGCCAAACUAGAAGAGGAAUCUUUUCUGAAUUUUUCUUUGGAGGCAUUCAAAGGAAGACCAGAGGAUGAAAAUCUUGCACUUUCUUACUUUACUGCUUUGGCACUUUUGUUGGUUUCAUCUCGUUCUCAUCUCCUUAGUGUUGAGUCCUGCUGAAGCAAGUCAAGGGAAUCCAGGAGCCAAAUUAGCUGUAUCAAAAGUAGAUGGAAAAGAGAGGAACCCUUUGCCAAGGGCAGGUACCUUUAGAACGGGAAGCCAUGGAUAUAGCACUGGGAAUUCCAAGCCAAGGACAAAAACCAACACUGCUCAAGCUGGAACUCUCGUGGCAAAAACUGAUGACUCAAAGAAGGCUCUCCCUAAAGCAGGGAGCACAGACAAAAAGGUAGGAGGACAUCCUCCAAACAGGCAAACUGGAGUGAGAACAGUGACUCCAAAGGUUCAGAACUUUGGCCCCAAAGCCCCACCAAAGAAAACUGGCACAGGGAAUUCUGAUGCCAGCUCCUAUAAAAACAAAAAGCCUAAAGACUCUAUUGCCCAAAGAGAAUCUAAAGAGGCAUUAAGACAUCCUGCUAUCACACCCCACGAAUACAUGCUUUCCUUAUACAGGACUCUGUCUGAUGCGGAAAGAAAAGGUGUGAACGGAAGUGUGAAACUGGAGACCGGACUUGCCAAUACAAUCACAAGCUUCAUAGACAAGGGACAAGAUGACCGAGCUCCCACUGUAAAAAAGCAGAAAUAUAUGUUUGAUAUCAGUGCCUUAGAAAAAGACGGCUUACUAGGAGCAGAACUUCGUAUUUUGAGGAAAAAACCUUCAGAUACCUGGAAGCCUCAUCCUCAUGGGAAAACAUGCCAAGUGAAACUUUUCAGUUGCUCCACAAACCGGCAAGCGUCCAUCCUCUUGGACUCUCGGACUGUCAAUAUCUUAGAUACUGCAAAAUGGGAAGUUUUUGACAUUUGGAAACUAUUUAGGAAUUUUAAAAACUCUGCUAACUUGUGUUUUGAACUGGAAGCUUUUGAAAGGGGGAGGCCUGUUGAUUUAAGGACUGUGGGGUUUAAUAGAACAGGGAGGCAAGUCAAUGAAAAGGCUCUGUUUUUAGUGUUUGGUAGGACAAAGAAAAGAGACUUGUUCUUCAAUGAAAUCAAAGCCAGAUCUGGCCAGGAUGACAAAACUGUUUAUGAAUACCUAUUCAAUCAAAGAAGAAAGAGAAGGGCUCCUCUAGCAACUCGACAAGGAAAGAGGCCCAACAAGAAUCUGAAGGCAAGAUGUAGCAAAAAAGCACUGCAUGUAAAUUUUAAAGAUAUGGGAUGGGAUGACUGGAUAAUAGCGCCUCUUGAGUAUGAAGCUUAUCAUUGUGAAGGACUCUGUGAAUUCCCUCUUCGGUCUCAUCUGGAACCGACAAAUCAUGCUGUUAUCCAAACAUUAAUGAACUCUAUGGAUCCAGAGUCAACGCCUCCAACUUGCUGCGUGCCAACAAGGCUGAGUCCCAUUAGCAUCCUGUUUAUUGACUCUGCCAAUAAUGUGGUCUACAAACAAUAUGAAGACAUGGUAGUGGAGUCAUGUGGCUGUAGGUAGCAGCACAGCUUUUCACGUGGCUCUCUGGACAAAGCUUUCCCCAGCGGCUGAUUUUAAUAUAUGAACUUUGAACACUUCAAUUCUAUGGACCAGCACUGUAUUAUUACCCAAAGGGGGUUGCACUGACAAUAGCUAUAGUUGUAUUUUAAUGCUGGCCAGUUAUGCAUAUCUACUUUCUAUGCAGCCUCUCAGCUGCAACCUCUGCAAGGAAACCACCAAACCUUGUACAUGGAUGAUUGCCCAAUGCUUUGGACUCUGUAGUGGCGGAAAUGCCUCUAUGCAUAAUGACAUUAUAAUCAGUCACAUCCUCAAUUAUUCUUCCGCUGGGCACCUUGUCAAUCCAUUUCUGUGCCACUGAACAGCUGUGGCACAUCUGGAGAUGUUUGUGAUUGCCAGCAUAAGAGCUCUAAAAUAUCUUGGCACAAUCAUGCCAUAUAAAUUCAUGUGGCAAAGCCAUAGGUUAUGCUAUUGCACGAGUGUAGCAAGGUUGUGCUUGUAACUAGUGAAUUAGCUGAUAGGCUCAGGCUAUAUGUUUUUGAAAAAAAAAC